AUGUUUGUACAUGUCGUUAAGAUCGCACCGAUUGUAGCUGGCAAUAGCGCACGGGACACUUUUAUUCUCGAAUGCUCCGUUUUGUUGGUGGCAUGGUGGGUGAUGCGUCGCUUAAGGCUCCGGUUUGUGACGGUUGACUGUUACUGCUCCAUCAUGAAGAAGUUGGGCACUAGUGAAGGAAACUUGGAGUUCUUGUUUGCACUGAUCUCCUCGCACAUGAACGUGCUGAAGCUGAACAUCCUGAACCCCGACUGGCGCCUAUCCGUGCUGCCCGCCAUAGUAUUUGCAAUGAUCGGGUUUUUACCGUUUUUAACAGCAUAUUCGGUGUGCAAGUACUACCCAAUUUUGGAGAUCAUAGUCGAGUGCCUGACGCAGACCUGUACGGGCAUGCAGGUGUUAUUUCGUACGUACUUUUAUCUCUGCCAGCGUAACGUUUGCCGACAAAUCGUGCGGGAGAUGCGUGAGCAGCGGACCGCGUACGGUGCCAAUCAAAACGAUCGGAUGGAACAGCUGUUCGAGCGUGCCACCGCACGGAUGUUGUGUCUGUAUCGGUUAGUCUACGCAAUGUACUGUGGGUCGUUUUUCUUCCUACUGAGCCCGCUGAUUAUUCCCGAUCCGCGCAAGAGUAGCCUUCCGUUGGCUUUUCAGCUACCGUUUCUGCCGCCGGAUGAAAACUUGCUGUACUGGUGUCUGAACUAUUUGCAUCACAUCAGUCUCAACAUCAUUGGCAUUCAUCAUCUCGCGCCGAUGGACGGUGUCGUGCUACUGGCAUUGAUCAGCAUCAGCACGAGAAUCAAUGCUCUGCAACUGAUGCUGGAGGAACUGGAUGGGAAGAUUGCCGAAUCGGAAUGGCAACAGACGGAACAUCUUGAACCGUACCUGGACCGUAUCAUCGAGCUGCACAGUGACAUGAAGCGGUUUGCCGAGCUCGUAAAGACUACCUUCCAAUUGCAUUUCUUCUCGAUCAUCACCAUGAUCUGCUUGAUCCUCUGCAUGUGCCUGAACGUGAUCGUCAUCCAGCCGAAAAACUCGAUCUAUCCGCUGAUGGUGGCUUCGAUCGUGCAGUUGCUGGUUGUGUGUCUGUUCGGCAACAUACUGCUCAUUGCCAACGAUCGGCUACCGGCUAGCAUUUACGGGAUACAGUGGUACCGGCUCACCGUCGCACAGCAGAAGAAGAUUCUGUUCUUGAUGGCUAACGCGCAGACAGACAUAGAGAUGAGCGGCGUGUUUAUGCCGGUAAACAUGACAUCGUUCGUGGCGGUCCUGCGAGCAGCCUAUUCGUACUUUACCAUACUCAAUAGAAGUGCCUAUAUGUCGUAG